AUGGAACUGCUGGACUCGUUCGACAUUAGUUUUCAGUCGAAGCAGAGUCUUUUCUUCGCCGGUUCGUCGGUCCGAGGCGAGGUGGUAGCUGUGCUGAAUCAGGCCGUACGCUCGGCCAACUUACACGUCGCUCUCAAGGGCGAGUCACACACUCACUGGGUGAACAAGGUGUCCGAGAACAUCAACGACAGCGUCGAGCCUCUGAUCGACCGUAUCCUACAACUGUCGUUGCAGCCGAAAUCGGCCGACGGCUCCGACCAUCCGUCGUUGCUGCCCGCAGGGUGCUACACUGUCCCUUUCCGGCUGAACAUCCCAGAGGCGCUGCCGUCGACCAUCGAGGGCGAGUUCGGCUACGUGCGCUACGUCUGCACGGCGAGUUUGGAGCUGACACCGACCAUUGGUGGCAGCGGCAAACGCGUGCCUCCCGCUGUGGUGUCUAAGAAUGUUACCAUCUUUGCCAAUGUCAAAAAGUCGGUAAGGGACGCGUGUUACGCUUGCACUGUUUUGGUGUCUCUUUAUCCAUCUAUCCGUCUAUCCCUCUGCACUUACUGGGAAUCGAAGCGCGUUCUUAAGACUAUGCGUUAUUCUGCUAACAGCCACUUCAUAGUUGAGCGACAUAAUAAUUAUCCAGAACAAUCGAUUGUGUUGAUAUUGUUUUCCAACUUGGCUGAAACUUAA